GACCGGGGAAAAUUUGAAAUUACAAACAGGAGGAGUGAAGAAUCGCCAAAAGCGGUCUGAAUAACUGGAAGCGUACUGCUGUAAAACACCGUCACACAGUCAAACAACCGUUAAUUAUCUAUGUUCAAGCUGGCUAGUUAGAUUUAAUAAAGUAACAUAGUGUGUGUUACGCAUUUUACCUGAAAUUACAUAAUGGCUGAUAAUAUUGCUUGUUCAGUUAACGAACAACUGGAUUCGAACGAGCAGGACACUGGACAUGUCAACAUCGAAGGAAGGGUGGAGAUUUCACCGAAAAAAGUUAAUUUGGACUCUGAAACUGAAAUGGUAACUGUCGGAAUUAAUGAGAUACGACGCGAUAUACUUCAAGUGAGGCAAGGUCUAUUUCAGAAUGAAGACGACGACAUCAAUGACAGUGGAACCGAUUACGUGACUGGUGACAAACCUGGCACUCUCUUGCAGAGGGCAGAACGCGUUGGUGAUGUUGCCCUUCCGGACACUUUUCAGACCGAUCAACUUCUGUACUAUGAGCGAUUUAAGGCUUACCAGGAUUACAUGUUAGGAGAUGCCAAGACAUCAGAAGUUUGGGCCUUCACAUCUGACUACCUGGAGAAGGUCGUGGAGCCGUGUGAUUGGCGGGCACUGUGGUGCACAGAUGUUUUUGACGUGCUGGUGGAGGUGGUGGACGUGGACUACAAGCAGCUGAAGGCCAAGGUGGAGCUGGUGCUUCCUCUGCAGUGUGAGAGGAAGGGCUGUGAGCUGACUGAAGAGUCCAUGAAGGAGCUCCUGGAGGUCACCCAGCACAAAGUGCCCCUGCAGGAGGUCCACGCGGUGUAUGACGACUCCGGCGACUUUGAUCAAACAGCGCUGGCUGUGGAGCACUUACGGUUUUUCUGCCGGCACAUCUGGAGGAAGUGGGAUGAGGAAGACGAGGACGACGACUUUGACUACUUCGUCAGAUGCGUGGAGCCUCGCCUCAGGCUACACUACGACAUCCUGGAGGACAGGGUCCCGGCGGGGCUGGUGGCCGAGUACCACGCCGCACUGCGUCGGUGCUCGGAGAAGUUCCGCGAGUUCUCCAGCCUGCGGAACGGCAUCAGCAGCGACGCGGAGUCGGAGCUCAACGACGUGUCCAUGGUGGAGGGCCUGAAGAUGUGCGAGCAGAUGGAGGCCUUGAAGCGCAAGCUGAGGAUCAUCGAGAACCCGCUGCUCAGGUAUGUCCUUGGCUACAGGGGGAACUCGGGCCAGCUGUCGUACUGUGCGAAGGGGCCCCGCCCGACCGGAGCCCGGGUGGUGCACGUGGUGUCCUCCUCCAUGACCGUGGGCCUCCUGCACAAGCUCAUGGCCGACAAGCUGAGCCCCGAUUUCUCCGGGGAGGAGUUCGAGCUGCAGUUCUACAGUGAUCCCCUGCCGGCUCUGAACUCGUGCUACGAAGGGGACGCCGUCAUCGUCUGCCCUGGACACUACCACGUGACCGGCUCCAUCAGCAUUCCCGACUCCGUCGAAGUGGAGGGAUACGGCCAGCCUGAUGAAGUGGUGAUCGAGCAGAAAUGUAAAGGAGACACCUUUAUAGAGACCUCGGGGGCCAACAUUAGGAUUUCCAACCUCAAAUUCAUCCAGCACGACGCCAUCGCUGGCAUAUUUUGUGUGCGGCAGGGUAAGCUGGAGAUGGAGAACUGUGUCCUCCAGUGUGAGACGACGGGGGUGAUCGUGCGCACCUCCGCUCAGCUCUCCAUGAAUAUGUGUGACCUCUACGGGGCAAAGGGGGCUGGGCUGGAGGUCUAUCUUGGCAGCAUCUGCAGCUUGGUUGGAAACGGCAUUCAUCACUGCAAAGAAGGGAUCCUGAUCAAGGACUUUGCAGACGAACUGGACACCAUGCCCAAAAUCACCAUGAUCAAGAACGUGAUCCACAACAAUGAAGGUUACGGGGUGAUCCUGGUGAAGCCAGAAAACGAUCCUCGAUCGGGGAGCGCCACGGCACAUGCCACAGAAUGCUGCCUUGCAGAAGAGGCGGAGGAUGGGAAUGUGGAGGAGGAGGUCCCGGAGAACGGGGAGCUGAAGGACGAGGGCCGAGAAUGCGGGACGCCGCUGAUCACCGUGGAGGAGUGUCCGUCGGACCCCCGACCCCCCCGCAGACGCAGCGGCGUGCCCCCGGAGUUCACCGAGGGCAACGACGCCAUCAAGAGGGAGCUGGCCGCCACGUCCGCCAAGAAGAGACGUCUGCAGCGGAGCCGGGCCCAAGGGCCGGGGGUCACCCAGACCGACCACACCCUUCUGUCCCAGGACAUGUUCGUGUCCAUCGAGGACAACCAGUUCAGGAGGAACGGCAAGGGCAGCUUCGGUACCUUCCUGUACUGAGCCGUCUGACUGCACUAGGCCCACGGUCCUCACUCCCAAUGUGUGUGUACACACACACGGUCCUCACUCCCAAUGUGUGUGUACACACACACGGUCCUCACUCCCAAUGUGUGUGUACACACACACGGUCCUCACUCCCAAUGUGUGUGUACACACACACGGUCCUCACUCCCAAUGUGUGUGUACACACGCACACACACCGUCCUCGCUCCCAAUGUGUGUGUACACACACACAGGCCCACUGUCCUCGCUCCCAAUGCGUGUGUAUACAUACGCAUUUUUAAAGACUACACGCACCAUCUUCCAUUUCUGUGAAGUUCUCAUGCCAUCAAUUUUUAUUUUCACACUUUCUACUCAAUGUUGUGGUUUAUGAUCAUGUACUAAUUUUUGCCAUAAAAUGUUUGUGAUCUCAGGUCGUCCAGUGUAAAUAUUUUAGAGGAAGGAAAUAUUCAUGCUUUAUGAACUUUAAGUAUGAAUCUUCACUACUUGCUGAUUUCACCUUUAGGUUGUGUGUGCUUGUAUGCAUCGGGAUUUGAGUAUAUACACCAGAUACAAAUGUGUUCAACUGAAUGGCAGUUUGUGAAUUCAUCACUUUCACAAAGUGUAGGAUUUUGGAUAGAGGUCAUUGGUUGUAAUGGAUUUAAGUAAUCUUUGCCUUCUGUAAUCUUUUCUAUUUUAGGCACCUGCAAUUAAUGUUUAACUCCAGCUGAUUAUACCGCAAAGGAUUAAACCUCGUCUAAAGCCGUAUUUCAUUGCUGCAAGGUUGAUAAAUUAUACACUUGAUAACGUCCCACCCAAAUACGACUCAUUUUAUGCACUGGGUUAAAUUGGACUGCAUUCUGCACAGUUCCCCGUUGUCAGUCAGUGAGGCUGAAUUGCGCACCCCAAGACCUAAUUGUUUGCUGUACUAGAAUUGAACUGCUAUACUGAAAUUUAGCAGUACACUAAUACACAAAUACACUAACUCCACAGGUGUAGUUUAGGGGAAUCAAUGUUUGUGUUAAUGCAUGGGAAAUGCUUUGCAUGUUAUCGAAAGGUUAACAAGGUUGUGCCAACACACUGCAAGAGCCUCAUGCAUUCUGACCUCUUGCCUUUUGAGAGAUAAUUAUUCGUUUGUGGGUGUUCUAUUUUGUGCAUGUCAAAUCUACUUUUUCCCACCAGUGCUGUCAAAACAGGAAUUUGCCACGUAAAUAAACACAAAACCAAUCUUUGCACACACCUUCACACCGAUUAGACGAGGAAGGUUUUUGGCCUUUUCUGUAACCUGAUUCAUUCUACUAAUAAUCCCAUGGUGAAACAUUUCCCUCCUGAAGAACAUUACUUUGAGUAACGUACUGCUGUAACUUAUAGUUAUAACUUCUAAUGUCGCCCUUUAACUCGUCUGGGAAAUACAGAAAUGGUAUGAAUCUGAGCUGUAAUGAAUAUACUAGUUUAAACACAAAGUUUCACAAGGUUUUUGUUUUUUUGAUGAAGUAGGUGGUGUGUUUACUUUGUUUUUGAUCUGUUGGUCCUUUUAUUGCUUUCACAUAUCACAUCUCUGUCCUUGAACUUAUUUUUAAUUUACUUUGCUACUAAUUCAAAGCGGUUCAAAUUCAAAUCCUGUUGCCGCAAAUGGCAAGUAAGUAUUGCUUUAUAAAUCAAAGGGCUUAUGCUGCUGGUAUGUGCGGUGGAGAUAAUAAGAGCACUGCAUUAGCUGGAUGAAGAAGGGGAGGGUGACAUUAGUAGCACUUAUUCCUUUAUAAAUAUCUUUUAGUGUCUUUGGGUGCUGCAGAAAUGGCUAUUACGAUGUUCAUCAUAAAGACGAUAAAUCAUGACUUCAUUUAAGAACCUUUCAUCCUUGACAUCGGCUGUCAUGGCUACUCACAUCAGACACUACAUUCUGUCAUUACACUACUUAUGUAUGAGCUGUAAUUAUUAACUAGUGUUAUUCUGUGUGCCUUUUUAAACACAUUUUUGGCAAAGUGCUCAUUUCAGUAGAUGCAGCAAAUUCUGAAAAUGUAACUCAUGAGUUUGUGUGCCCUCAUUAUGUGCGAUGAUGUUUAUUUUACUGCAGUCAUUAAAUGGUCUUCUGUACAUGUCUCAGUGCAUAGGCAUGCAUUUUUAUUUUUAACUGCUGAACUAGAUGGCCUUUUUGCUGUUAUUCCAGAUAUAACGGUGGUUGCUUUAAUGAACCUUGAUUUGAAAGCUGUUGGGGGGGAAAAAAUGUUAAAGAAUAGUUGAUGGUUCAAGUAGAAUUUUUGGUCUUGUUUAAACAAAAAAGGUUUUCAGUUUGUUUUUGAAAUGCAUCACAGCUAAUGGAGUUUUGUUUUCUUAAGAAUAUUGAUUAUCUUUACCGCUGUUCUUUCUAGAUUAAAAAGUGCUGUCUAAAAAGG